AUGUCGGGCGCGGACUUCGCCCACGGCGACGAGGAGUCCUGCCAUCGGAGGAGGGCAGCCGUGCAGCACCUAGCGCUUUUCGUGCCGUGGGAGUCCUUCCUAUGCGAAGAAACAGGCGAUAUCAAUGGCAUCUGGGCGCGGGCGCGAGAGGCGCGGGCGCGAGAGGCGCUGGCUCCCAGAAUAUCAUGUCUCGUCGACCACGUGCAGCUGCUCCGACGAUCAGCUGAAGACGCAAAGCGUGACGCCAAGCAAUGGGCAGCCUCGUCCAGCGAUGGCGACCCCACGGUCGCACACGUGGAGAAGGGUGGGGCGAGCGAGGCGGGCGCGGGCGCGGGCGCGGGCGCGGGCGCGGGCGCGGGAUCCGCAGCGACGUAUCAGUCCAACAGCAUCGGAGACGCAACGCGGCUGAUCGACGUCGUCCGAGGUGCAGUGGGCACGAAUCAGGUGAAGGCCAAGUCGCCGGAGCUCACGGCAAUGAUGCAGCAGCUCUGUCGAUUCCAGCAAUCGGCGCUGCGCUCGACGGCCGAGCUCGCGGCCACCGUGAUGACCGAACGAGGGGAGAGGCGGAUAAGCAUGCCAGGGCGGAUAUUUUCCGGGGCCGCACUACCACCGCAGGAUCAGGUCAAGGCCAUCAAGUCGCAGCAGGCAAGUGCCUCGGAGGAGAGGGAGCGGAUGAUCCAAGGCAUACAGAGCACACCCGUGGCCUGGGGAAGCGACCGCCGCGCUGCGUUGCGGAGAGUGAUGACUGGCUUCGGGGAGGACGAGAUCGAAAUAACGAUGGCAGACUCCGACGAGACCGCUAGCGACGUAAACGCGGGAAUGCGCGUCCUGUUCGGACCAUCAGCCUCCUUCUUCGCGGCGGGCAGGGGGUGCGAUGCCGGCCAGCUGUGCCAGUUCGUCGGCGACGAGGGGGGGGCUGCCGCGGCGCGGAUCAAUGGCAUCACGAUCCACUCCGCCUGCGGGUUUAGCAAGGACCAAGGGGCGGGCGCGAACACGGCCAAAGAUCUCGACGGGGUGCGGCUGCCAAAACGGACGGAGCGGUUCAUCCACGGGCAGUCUCGGAUGAGCUGGCACGAGAAGGACGUGCUCGUCAUCGACGAGGUGAGCAUGCUCGGAUCACGGACGCUGCACGCCUUCCGGCCGGUCCAAGAGAGGGCCGAGCAGCGGCACCAGCACGACAAAGCGCACGCGCUGUGGAAGAGGUUUACGACGGUCGUCAUGUUGGACGAGCAAAUGCGAGCCGCCGGGGAUCCGGAAUUGCAGGGGCUGCUGAAGCGAAUCCGACUGGGCGUGCAGGACCGCACGGAUCUAUACCUCCUCAACUCAAGGUGCUACCGGGAGGGCAGGCGGAUCCCGUGGGAGGCGGGCAUCACCGUGCAACAGUCGAUGAUGCGCAUCUUCAUCUCCGAGCAUAAGUGGAAAGAGGAGCUGCCGACGGAGAAGGAGGCGAUCAUGAUGCUCAACCAGGGCGACGACAGCGCGAUCCCGGUGCCGGCCAUCUUCAUGUUCGUGGCCGGGAUGCCGGUCGUCGUGAACCACAACACCCAUCAGGGGCUGAAGCUGGUGAACGGCGCCAGCUACUCGGCGGUGGAGGUCAUUGUCGACAAGGCGUACCCGGGACAUCGGAUCUCGGCCGACAUGAUGCUUCACUUCUGA